CAGCUUUUAGCAGGCUGUGGGUCUUCCGUAUUUUGCGUUGAACUGUCAUAUAAAUAUUUCUAUACAUCAUACCAUUUUCUUUUCAUCAACACAGGCGUUAACAUCUUUGGAACCAACAUGAGUUUCUCUUUGGUGCGCAAACAUCUUAGCCAAAUGGGGAGCCCUAGGCCUCGUUCGUCCUUGGCACGAAGCUAUAUACCCAUGGCCGGUCCACCCCGAUUUCCGAUGAGUACCGCCCAACGUUUGAUCAUCGGCGUCGGAUCCUUGGGCAUCAUGAUGAUCAUUCCCUAUUGGUGUCUCUUCAACAUGCGUCGGUGGUCGAGGAUGCACUUGGGCCUUCCGCCCGAGGAGGAGGAGAAGGAGGAGCCUCCACCACCGGAGGCACAGGAGGAAACAGACAAGGAAAAGGACAAGAAGGACAAAAAGGAGAAGAAAAAGUAGAUCCUGGACCAAACGACACUCAAACUCUUAAACGGUGACUUCAGCGCCACUCUUUUACUGGGGUCUUCACAGUCAUACUCUAGAAAAUCCAACGAUUUCAAAAGUCCCAUUAAAUUGUAGAAAAAUGAUCUUCAUUCUCAACACAUUUCACUGGACACAAAAAAAAGUAGCAACAGCGUGGAGCAAUUCAACACAAUCAUAUCAUAUUAAAAUUGCGAGUUAAAUCGUUAAACCAGCGCAUUU